AUGACUACUCUAUGCCAGUCUUUCUUCGGUGGUACUUCAGAGACAGACCCACCUCUGUUCAAAGGAUCAUGGAACCAUUACCCAGACGAAGCAUCGUUCCAGCGUGUUCUGGACAGCCUGAACAUAUUGAAGCGAUUAUUCCUCAAGCUUUCAUCUCGUGGCACCGAUGCUUACCAACAUUUCUCACUCUCGAUGCAGAGUGGUGCUUUCCUGCAACUCAUCUUGACCCUUACCGCGAUAACGUCACGAUUCUGCUGUCUAGCUCAAGAAUUAGUCAACAUUACAGACGACCUCCUGCUUCACACAAACCGACUCCGGAUCGCAAUCUUUGUGACGAAAGUGCUGCCAUCGUCGUUGGUGAUACCUGAGGAGAAGGUUAACGCAAUGGUCACCAUGGUAGACAUUCAGGAGGAACAUGAUCCAUCGAAGGGCUCAGAGGGUUCUGACGUAUCAUCUCAACCCGGGGCACCAGUGAUGCAUCCUGUCGUCACGGUGGCCCUUCCUCUGCCUGAGGCGUCAGAACAACCCCCAAACAGGGAGGCAGUACCAGGUCUCCAAGGCCCAAAGCCCACGAGGUCAUCCAAGACGGACGUCGCCAAACCUGGCAGAACCAAACCCAAAAAGAAAUCGAAGCGUGACGAAAUUGACGAUAUCUUCGGGUUUUGA